UGGCCGAAUCCUUCUAAUGUUGUAGAGAAGAAACCGACAUGAGCGAGUUACAUUAGCAACAUGAGAGGAAAAGGACAGUUGAUUGUCCAUAGUUACCCCAAGGUUGUGAGCUGUGGCUGAAGGGGAGAGCAGAUCGUUAUGCAAGGAUAUCGCUUGGAUAUAGCAAGAUCAUGACCUGGGGAUGAAUCACCUGGGAUGAACAGCAGUUCAGUUUUGCUAGGAUUGAGCUUUAACUGAUGAGCAGUCAUCCAUGAAGUUAAAUUGGGUGCAACAAUGCGUCAUCCUGGUGAAACAAGACAUCGUCUUUACCUGCUCAUAUUAACGUUUUCUGUAAACUUCCACAUCAGCACUGCCUUGUCUCUCCCCCUCACAGCGGCUCCAAUCUUUAAAGAUACACCUUUUGCAGUCAUAUGGAAUGCACCUACGCAAGUCUGCCAAAACCUCAAUAUUCCUUUGGACUUUUCUGUCUUUCAAGCAGUGACCACACCAGUCAGUGACCCUAAUCAGUUUCUUUUCCUGUUCUACUCCAAUCGGCUUGGAUUAUACCCAUACACAGAUCCCAGUACAGGGAGUCAGGUUCAUGGUGGUAUUCCGCAGAAGGGAAACCUGACAGCCAGCCUAGUGAAAGCUCAUAAUGAUAUCAUCCAGUAUAUUCCUGAGUUCAGCCCGGGUUUGGCUGUGAUUGACUGGGAAGCUUGGCGUCCACUGUGGGCCAGGAAUUGGGGCUCCAAAGACAUCUAUCGGAAGCUUUCCAUUCAAUAUGCAAUGGAAAAUAAUCCACUUCUAUCACUCGGUGAGGCUGAUUCUAUUGCUAAGCAGCAAUUUGAGAAUGCAGCCAGGGCUUACAUGGAGAAAACCAUGCAGCUGGGGAUCAAACUGCGCCCAAACUACUGCUGGGGAUUUUACCUGUUUCCAGAUUGUUACAACUAUGGAUGGGGUAAACCGGGCUACACAGGUGAAUGUGCAGCGAUUGAGAAAAGCCGUAACGAUGAGCUGCUUUGGCUGUGGGAGACUAGUACAGCUUUAUUUCCCUCAGUAUAUUUGCCAAUCAGUCUGAGGGAACAACCUGAUGCAGCUCUAUAUGUCAGAGGGCGUGUGAAGGAAGCUGUGAGGGUGUCUGCUCUUCCUAAGUCUCUCUACACGUCACCGAUUUAUGUGUAUUCAUGUCCUCUCUUCCGUGAUCAGAACAAAAUAUUUCUGAGUGAGGCAGAUCUAAUCCAUACUAUUGGAGAAAGUGCAGCUUUAGGUGCAUCAGGUAUAGUGUUGUGGGGUGCAAGUGCUGACUACAACAGCAAGGCCUCAUGUGAAGCACUGGCUGCUUAUCUACCCUCUACACUGAACCUUUAUGUUUCCAACGUAACUGCAGCUGCAAAACUCUGCAGUCAGACACUGUGCCAAGGCAACGGCCGCUGCGUCCGCCAGAACCCAGACUCAGCAGUCUACCUGCACCUGAACCCAAAUAACUUCAGCAUUCAGCAGCAUGAUGGAAAAUAUGUGGCUGUUGGUGUACCUUCCCAAAGUGAUCUUAAUGUGUUUGUAAACAGAUUUACCUGUCAGUGUUAUGCAGGUCGAGUGUGUUCUGCCAACACAUCAAUUUCAGCACCCAAGACUCCAGUAAUAAUUCAUGUGUGAUUUAAAGUCUUCUUGUUACAGUAAUUGUAUGUCUACUGUAAAAUUAUGCUGCAAUUAAGAAUGACAAAGUGAUGGUUUGUUAUCAAAAAUCAAUUCAAUCAAUCAAAAAUCUCCUUCAAAAUUAGGAUUCAGAGCAAUUUCAGUAUUAGAAGAAGAAUUUAAUGCCAUAUGAAGAGAUACGUAGAUGGGAGGCGCCAGA